AUCUGUCAAUCUUUACGGAAAAUGUGCAAAUUGUGUAGUGUUAUCAAGUCUGAAGUGCAUUUUCAUAGUGACAAUGAAAUUCGCUUUCAAUUUAGCACAAUAACCAGACGAUCUUUUCGUCUGAAUGUUAUCGUUUGACACAUUUGUGGGCGGUGUUUAAAUUCUAGUAAAUCCAUCGAUCAUUUUCACCGGAAAAACCUUAAUUUUCCGAUAUGUGAAUAUGAUAACAUGAUUUUCAUUUCUCCUAUCUUUUGCUUUGUAAAAUAUCAAACACAUUCUACGCUUGACAUUUACACCAAAUAUAAAAUUUGUCCUUUUUCAAUCCUAUGAUGGUAGCUGGGAGUCAUAGUGCCAUAUAUGAAGCUUAUUAUAAUGUGGUGGAUCCAAAUGGCUUCGGAUCCGUAGGAGGCAUGGAAGCAGCUCGAUUUCUAAAAAAAUCUGGCUUAAGUGAUGUGAUUCUGUCCAAAAUAUGGGACUUAUCAGAUCCAGGUGGGCGAGGAUGUCUAGACAAGACGGGAAUGUUUGUAGCACUUAAACUAGUAGCUCUUGUUCAAAAUGGCAAAGACUUAAGUGUUUCGAAUGUCCAUGUGGAUGUCCCUCCUCCAAAAAUGGGUGAUGUUCCAUUACCAAAACCAUCUAAGCCUCCACCACCUAAGAAUAGUCCUUUGAUCACUUCUCUACCACCAUCAGCUGUAGAUUGGACUAUAAAACCUAAUGAAAGGGAAAAAUAUGAGAAGCUGUUUGAUUCACUACAACCUACAAAUGGUCUAAUACCAGGAAAUAAGGUUAAGAAUGUUCUGAUGGAAUCCAAAUUGCCAUUUGAAACUCUAGGAAAAAUAUGGGAUCUUGCUGAUCAGGAUAAAGAUGGAAUGUUGAAUAGACAUGAAUUUAUUGUGGCAAUGCAUUUGGUUUAUAAAGCAUUAGAAAAAUAUGCGAUUCCAAAUACACUUCCUCCAGCGUUACUAGAACAAGCAAAAAGGAAAAAAUCGACUCCUUCUAUGACUGGGUCUUUAUUAAACAAAGGUAUGGAUGGCAUGAAACCAGACGUACCCCCGGCCCCCAUAGCGGCAACGCUGCCCCCUGUCACUCUGCCCCCGCAGGCUACGCCCCUGAUCCCGACGUCCGCGGUCAAACCCGCGGUUGUAAGUCAAUCGCCUUUGACGUGGGUGGUGAGCGCAGAAGAAAAGGCCAAAUCGGACACGUUGUUUAUAAAAAGUGACAUUGACAAGGAUGGAUUCGUUUCUGGCCAGGAGAUUAAAGAUGUCUUCUUGCAGAGUGGAGUACCGCAGCCUGUCCUCGCACAUAUUUGGGCCUUAUGUGAUAUCAAACAGAGCGGCAAACUGAACAACGAGCAAUUUGCGUUGGCUAUGUGGCUGGUGGCGAGGUGUUUGAAAGGCAUAGAACCACCUCCAGCCCUGACUCCUGAAAUGGUACCACCGUCUUUCCAAUCUGUGAAACCAGUGGAUGGCAUUGUGGAGAACAAUAGUACGAAAUACUCAAACCCAGAACUAGAAAUGAUAACCAAAGACCUCGAAGAACUGGCAAGAGAAAAGCUUGCUCUGGAAAGUGAUAUCGCACAAAAAGAAGCCGAUCUAAAAAUAAAAAGUGGAGAGAUUAAAAGUUUACAGAGUGAGUUGGAUACUUUAGCGGCGACGCUGAAACAGCUAGAAAACCAAAAAGGGGAAGCCCAUAAAAGACUUAGUGAUCUAAAAGCUCAGAAAGCUGAGGUUGGUGAAGAGUUACAGAAAGUGGAGGUAGAGAUUGAGGAAUGGACAGCUAAGGUGGACAAACUUCGGGUACAAGCUGCCGAACAAGCUGAACUAGUUAAGACGCAAGAAACGGAAUUGAACACCAAAAAAGAGCAGCUGGAAGGUCUGAAAAUGGAAGAGGAACGGCUCGAAAAACAGAAAGAUGAGAGCACGAAACAACUGGAGGGUAUCAACACCAGUUUGCAGAAUACACAACUGAACAUCAGUCAGGCAAAGGCACUAAUAACGCAACUUCUAGAGCAGAAAAGACAAAUGAAUGACGCCAUAGCUGCCUUCAAUAGCGCCAUCGAAUCUGGGGAUACAACCCAUGUUCCUGAUUCAUUGCUUAGGAUCAAGCCUGACUUCAUGGAUCCCGUGUAUACUAACUUUGGUGUUACGGAAAGCAGCACCAAACAGAGUGGAUUUGAAAGCGACCCGUUCAGUAGUCAGAACAACAAAACGACUGCAGGCUUUGAGGACGAUCCCUUCAAAAAUGAUCCAUUCAAGAGCAAAGAUGCCUUCUCUAGUGAUCCCUUUAAAGCUGCCUUUUCAGACACUAACGGUGGAUUUGCGGCCGAUCCAUUUGGAGGAUCUUUCACAACCUCAACCUCUCAAAACGAUCCGUUCAACGCAUUUGAUAAUUCGAGGAAAAAUUCAGACACAAAAUCAGCAGAGUUUGAGGCUGAAAAAGACCAGUUUGGCUGUGAUCCAUUUGCCGUAUUACACGCUCCUACCCGUGAUUCAGUAGGAGCGACUUCUGCUCCAGGAAGACCAUCUAGUCCUAGCCCAGCGCUGCCACCAAAGAAAAGCAAGGUUCCGCCUCCACGGCCUGCUCCCCCUCGACCUUCUGUGCCGCCAGCUUCCAAAAAAUCGGCCGAUUCUGGUUUUGGAGAUGCUUUUGGAAGCGGUGGAGGUGGAUUUGCAGACUUCUCCAACUUCGACGCUAAGUUCGCCGAACCAAAAUCUUCUUCAUUCACCACAACCACCAGCAAAACCGCUCAAUCUCACCCGCAUCUGGACUUCACCGACGACCCUUUCCGGGACUAUCGCUACGAUGAUAUUUCCAACAUACAAUUCGACGACGAUCCGGAACCUCCGACGUCCAAGGACGAGUCAUAUUUCAGCAGCGAGGACCUCUUCGGUAAAGAUAAAUUCGAUCCUUUCGGGUUGGACGGUAGACAAUCGGUGCCGUUGCCCUCCACCGAUCCCUUUGUGAACAGUGGAAGGGCUUCCGCACCAGUGACGUCACUAAGUGAGGACCAACAGCUCGCUUGGGCUGCCAGGGAAAGUCUUAAGUUGGAGGCUGAUAGGAAAAAGAGACAGAUGCAGGAAGAUGCAGAAUUGGCACUGGCUAUUAGUUUGAGUAAGGUUGAGACGAAGAAUCAGUGAUAGGGUGAGAUGUGAUUCACAAAUGCUCGACUGGAAAAGAACAUAAAGAGAAGUGAUAAUGUUGGUAUAGGGAUUUUCAAAAAGUAGUCGAGAAUUUGAGGACUGCACGGUUAGGGCGGUUGCUAUAGAUAUCAUGUUUGCGAAUAGGAUGAUACCGAGACUUGAUAUAAGGAACGCCUCAUUUCGCCCCUAUUUUCGCUCCAUCAUGCCAUAAUCAAAGCAAACAAUACCCGAAAACUAUUCUUGGAUGUAAAGAACAGAAAAGUUUUUUGUUCAUAUAAUUAGCUCUGUAGAGGCCUAUAUUGGAAUUAGUUUUAGCGUCUUAUUGCCAUCAUACAUGAUAAUUUUGACUCCUGUUCAAACUGAUUCCUAUAUCAAAAUUAUCACGGCUUUUUCGGAGUCAUCAGGGGUUUACUCUUUAUUAUUUUCUAUUAUCUGUGUGACGACGGCGACGUUGAAAUUCAGUUAGAAUCAGUCGCCAGGAAUGCCAUUUACCUGAAAGACUCACGCUAACAUGUUUUCAGCUUUCGUUUAAGAUGUCCCUUAAAUGAUCAAUCAUAAUGUUUGGAUAUUUUUCGUCAGCUGUUAUAUCUCUGGAAAUCUCUGUGUAUGGUGUCCAGCUUCCAAAUAACUAGGAAAAUUUCAAUGAUAACUGACACAUUUGACAUCAUUCAUCGUCAGUCAGGAGAUAAAAUAUUACAAGCGACACUUUUGAGGGAUAUUUGAGAGGUUUAGCUGCCGAAAAAAUGUGGAAAAUGGUUAUUGACUUUAUUGGAUUUCCAAACCAAUCGCAAGUUUAGGAGUGGAUUCCAUUCCAUGCCCCAUAAAAGGAAAUGAGAUGUCUCAGUUUUGAGUGUUCGUGCUUCAAUUUUACAAAGCUUUAUAUUUUUGAAUACAUAUUCUCCAAGCUUUUUUGGAUUUUUUGUUUUCUGCAAAGCUUCUGAUAAAAAAAAUAGCCUCUGAGUAUCUUAUACGUGUAUCUUGUUCAGUUGAGCAUUUAUUCUUUGAGUAGCUAAAGCGGUUACAAUUAAACAAAGUAUGUACAUACUCAUGAGAAGUAUAAUCACUGGCAAAACAUCUUCAUGUCCGUACUUCUCAAACGCUACCGGUAUUCUUGCCAGAAACAAUACGUUUUCAGCGGUUGACAGUUUUUCAGAAUUGUUGUUUGACUGCAAAGUGAUUCUACUGCUCGGGUCUGUAUACUUUGCUUUAACCAAUGUACUCUGAAUAAACGUACCAUAUUGCCUGAUAAACUAUCCGGCGUUUUAGAGAUAUAUUUAUUUGUAGUUGUGCAAAAAAUACCUGAUAUAGUUAGUUGAAUGGAAGAUCCUUUCUUGAAUAUAUAGCGACUAUCGAAAAAAUCUAUUUUAGAUGUACCUCUUCACAUAUCAUAUAGGAGAUGCUACGUAAUGAGAAAAUUUGAAUCUUUAGAUGGUUACAACCCAAGAGGUGCUUCUAAAAAUAUCGUCAAGUGCUUUUUAGCUAUAAGAACACCUUAGUAAGUAUAGUAUACCAUAAUAGCAAAUAUUUAAACUGAAUACAUAAAAAAUAAUAUCGAAACAUACUCUCAUUGUUCAAAACACGCAUUUUCAAGUCGCUAAGCUAAUAUCAUCAUAUGCUUUGGAACCGUUAGUGAUGUCAUAUACGGUUAGCGAUGUGGAUGUUUUAAAGUACGAAAAUAAGAUCCCAGUCAAGAUGCGCUAAUACCUAGAUAUAUAUUUAUUUUGGAAGUGAUCAGUAGAUUUUGUAUGGCCAUUAGUUGCUAAACAUAGUACGUUUUCUUGUUGCUUAGCAUGCUCCCGUGCUUGCAGUUACGGCCAGCGAUUUAUUUCAAGGCAAUACUCAAUGUUAUAUAAUACUUGCGCAAUAAAUGUCAUUGCUAGAUUUUAUCGAAAUUCACUAUCAACAGUUUUCUUGUUGGUUGAAUAAAUAAAAUUGUGUUAUAUACUUUACAACAUUUGUGAAGACACUAAAAGCAGAAAAUGACAGAGAUUACUCUGCAUAAUGGGAUAGAACUAGUUAUGUUUUAACCUAUUUCUAUAUUCGAACCAUUAUUUUCCAAGGCUAUUAAGAGCAAUUUAAAAACAUUUCUAAAUCUAAAUCUUCUCAAUCAGCAUAUUUCGUUUAUCUACCUCCUCGUGCCUAAUUGUUGUAAUACAUGUUUUUCAGUUUUCUUGGUGUCUGUGAAAAACAAUAAUUUUUUGUGUAUUAUUAUCAGCAGCAUUUUCGAAUUACAAUUUUAAUUUUAUAGAAUAUGAAAUGUCACAAAAGGCACUUUUGCUUCUUGACUCCCAAGUCGCUAGCUAAAUAAUUAAUUUUCUUUUUGUUAUUUGAUUAAUAUGUUAAACAGUAUAAAGUCUUUUGGCAAAUUAAGGAGCAAAGUAGCAAUGCAGCCAUCUCUCAUAGAGCAAGAUAUUUCUGCAAAAAUAAACAGCUAUUAUUUGCUAAUCAAAUACGCAUAUUCAGCUGUCUCAGCGUAGAAAUCAAUAAGGGUCUUUUGUUAUUUUUUACACACUUCCAUGCCUUUGAUUUGAGUUUUUUCUUAUGAUCUAUCACUGGGCUAGUUAUUUGGCAGAGAUAUUUCGCUUAUUUCGACUGCUACAUUUUCCCAGUAAAGUUUGUUUAUGUUUCACCUGUUUGUCUUUAUACAAGUUGUUUUAGGUUAACUGUUGGUUGUAUCAAAAUGUUUACGGUUCGAGAAAUGCAGUAUUUAUAUUAGAUUGGUAGAUACGUUUUUAGACUAUACGAAUUGUUUAUAUUUGUAUGUUUUUUUGUUUAUUUGCUGUAUCAUAUUAGAUUCAUGUAAAUAUUUUCUGUAAGUAAAUACAUUUAUUUUUAUUUAUUUUUGUUUCAUUUUUUCACCUGAGUUCAUUGUAAGUUCUUAGCCUAGGAUUGUUAAGAUUCUUCCAUUUUGUGUACAUAAUUGUUAUAAAAAAGAUGUGUAAGUAGUUGUAAGAUAUUGUAUAUUACCCGCUUUCAUCGAGGACAAUAUAUUCGUAUUUUGCUAAAUUAAAAUCAAUCAACUUGUGCAAUACUUGAGAAGGUAAGUCGUCAAUAUAAAUGUGAUGUUUAUGUCACUACAUUUUUUGAAAUAAUGCAUAAUAGCUAAGAAUUUCGAACAGCAAAAUCUGCUCUAAUUGAAUGGGUAGUUGGGGAACACGGUCUUAUCAGCUACCAGAGAGUUUUUAGAGUUCUUAUUUUGCUACUUCGUUAUGACCUUCCUUAUUUGGAUUUUGCGCAGUGGCAGGACAAACCUUCGUUAUCCGUUAUCAAAAUAAGAAGUCCGGUUAGUUACGGAGAAUAAGGAGGUCUUAUUUCGUAAUGUUAUGUUUGUCGUAUUGAGCGCUGUGGCCGGAAUCUGUAGAGCUCUUUGAGAUUUAAAAUAAUUCCAGACUAUAAAAACAUUGGUUAAAAUAUGCUAGGAAUAUGAGCUUUAGAAAAAUGAAUGCAAUAAAUAGUCGAUGUUCUAAACGAAUGUCAAAUUACUACGGUUCACUUUGGUGAUCAUAAAAACUAUUGUUUAUACCAACAAACCUUAUUUGCUGUCGCUGUCAAAAAUAACAUAGCGGAAGGCUUAACGAUUCGUUAUUUUUGUCACACUAAAAACUCUACUGUCAAUUUGUCUAUUAGUACGAUCUCAGACGCGCGUCCUCAUGUUAAAAUGAAAGCCCACGCACGGGAAUCUUGUUUGAUAUUUUCAAAUGAUAAAUAUUACCCGGUUCUCUCCGCGUUGCUUCGCUUCAGUGGGCAUGCAACUUUAGACACGUCAGUUCAAUUGUACUGGACGUUAAAAUAGACUGAAAAGCUACAACGAUGAUAAAAGGGAAAAGAAGGAACAGUUGUGGCACUCAUGCUCGCGGCGGUGUGUUGAACAGCCUUAAGAACGAUGUGAACUAGAACUUGGAAAAUGUACCAUUUCUUCAGGACAACAUUCGGUUCUUUCCAACAAGGAAUUUGUAAUUCAAAGACUACAGUCGCCCAUAAAAAUUAAUGCUGUGAUGUUACAUAGCUACGCACUGAACUGUUUUGUGCCACUGCAAAUGACCUUUGGGGCUGUUCGGAACUUCAUUGUUGAAAGGAACAGAUUGAAAACUAAAAUAUUGAAGUAACCUGCAUAUAUGGUAUCUCGUAUUAACAUAAAAUAUUAAAACUGAAAAUACAGGUCAUUAAAUAAUAAAUAUGACGAAUUUAUGCUUAGCAAGGUGCCUGACUGACAAACCUAAUGCCUACUAAAACUUACCCGCAGUGUAAAAAUAUUGCAAGUAAUGGCCAAGCAGUAGAUAUUUUCACUAAUGCUGUAAAAUUAGCAAAUUGGUAAUACUUUGUGCAUAUAUGACGUUAUGUGACGGUCUUUUUUACACGUUUUACAUCAAUAAUUUCUUCACUUCAUUCAGAUCGAUUUCUUCAUUGUCACCCUGGCACUGAUUUACACUGCUUACAAUGAUGAACAAUUUAAUGAAUUAUCAGACAGUACACAGCGCUGGAAACCACUCAAAAAAUUCUUGCUAGAAACAGUUCGAAUUUUGUGUAUAUUGUGGUUUUAAUUGACGAGAAUCUCGUCAACAGAAACCAUUGUUGAACACUGUAGUCCUGUCAUGGUUUUAUACUUUAAGAUUUUCAUCAUAAUGGAAAGGAGAACAAGGUUGAAACCAUGAAAUUAAAUGUUAGACUUGGCAAAUAUUAGAACACGUUCUGAUUGCGCGAAGAAAUACACGAAGAUCAUGGAUUUGACGUAAAAUUCCUGUUUUAUAGAUUUGAAAUUUGACCGUGAACGCAAUUUAUGUAGAAAUCCAUGGAUUUAUUCUAAACUAGCGGUUUUACCCGCGGAACGUAUAGGUGGCGCAACUAAUGAAAUAACUGAAAUUUUGCUAAGCAUGCAAGUAGGCUGUCAGUUUACUAGUGCCAUUAAUGCCACAAAAUGUUAUCUGGAGAAAAUGUGCAUAUUCUUCUUAUCAUCUAUCAGACCAAUGUCUAAAGACAAGGUUCACUUUGUGAUGGAAGAUUUCAUGAUAUGAAGAACAGAGGAACUUAUUAUUUUGCCAAAAAUGGAUGUAUUCACAAACCUAUUUGGUAAACGCCAAACCGGACAUUAAGGCUGGAGUAGAUAUUCAUACGUUUUAAUUUCAAGUAAGCCGUGAUGCAAAAUGUAGUUUGUAGUGUUUGUGGUAUCCGACGUCUUGUCAAGCUUGCAUCCCCAAGCAAGCUGGUACACGGGCAAAAAUGAACCUUGAUUUUACUGAUGCCAAAUUAUUGAACGUGACAAGGAAAAUGGACGAUUUGAUACCAAACACACACACACACACACACACUGCAUCUUGCUAUUAGCUAACAAUGCCAAGGCGGCCCUCAAACUGCCGCACUUUCUCCUCUUUGCUGUCCCUCCUUUAUUUCUUUUUAUCUUCCCUUCUUUCUCCCCGACUUUGUCUGCCAUCUGAACAACCAGACCUGAAAGACCUAGUGACUUACAAUGCUGUAACCAAGAGUAAAGGUCCUACGGACCGCUCUGACUGACAGAGGCGAAUAGAGGAACACUGCAUGACGAUUUGAGACUGUACAAGUAAAACGUACGAGUAGCAUGAGUGUCUACGCCAGGCUUUAAAAGCUUCCAAGGAGGUAAUAGAACACAUUCUAUUUGUUAUUUCUUUCACUCAUUUAAAAUCGUCUUUUUGGAAUAAUAAUCUAAUGCUUGGCCCACUAGAUAUAAAAAAAGUUAGUAUCUGAUGUGUAAUAGAGAGUAGAUAGAUAAAAUUUCCAUCGAAAGAUAUCACCUGUUGAUUUUCUUCAUUCAUAUCAUAUUUUUGUGAUUCUCGUAUACCUAUAUAUAUAUAUAUGCUUUAAUACCCAUAUUCAGCAACGACAUACUUCUAACUAUUGUAUGAACCUUGUUACGUUUUUUGAGAAAUUAGGCACAGUAUUUAGGGAUUAGGGUUAUGGAAGAUAUGUAGGAAUAUCUAUGAACCAUGUACAGUGUUAUUUACGCUUGUUAUAUGCACCUGUAUAUUAUCUUGCACAUUGACCUAAGUAUAAUAGAUUUUUUUCUAAAAAUUGGAAAUUGCCAUGAUUAUUUAUGUCGAUUGCACAUUUUGUAAAUGUGGGCUAUUAACUGCACAAACAACAUCAUUUUGUUGUUAUAGGCGGAAAAACAUGGUUACGUCAUGCACGUGAACUCACGAGUUGUCACCCAAACUCACGUAUCAAAAUCUAAAUUGUUAGAUCGACAAAAGCAUGGGCGUGAUGAAAUGGUAUAAUUUGCUGUACAACUUCCACAGUAAAAAGUAAUACAAUUCUACAAUUUUUGGUUACUCGCAAUUUUGAACGAAGUAAUUAUGUAAGUUUGAAGUUCAGUUUCUCGUAAACUGUUGAUUGUACGGUAAAAUUUUAUAUGAUCAAAGCGAUAAAGAAUUUAAUUCUUGUACAUUACUUUUUGCGUAAGGUUAAUGGUUUGCGAGGUAUUUGACUAAAGCGUUUGCAAAAGCACGGCGAUGGCAAUUUAAAUUUAUCGUUACAAACCUGAGUAACUAACACGAUGUAAGACCAUUCGCCUUAUUGACAAAUUACCACAUAUUGUAAAUUUACUCGUCAAAAUACAUUUGGAGGUUAAGUUAAGAAGCAACUUAUAAGCGUAAAAUUAAAUAUGUAGAUCGUUCCUCUUUUUUUUGUUUAAGGUCACGUACUCUAGAUGUUUGGGAUGAUGAUAAUUUAGUAGUAAAGAUUCUCCAUAAUAGUGCUAAUAUGCAGUAAUAUGACAACACGUAGUAAAUGUAUAGUCGAAAGGUGCGUUUACGUCCAGUUUCCAUUUUUUAGAGUGCUUAUUUAUAUAUAGAUACACUGUAUAUGAUCGUCGGGAGGAAGUAGGAAAUGACCAGUAAAGACAUAAAUGUAAAUGAAGUAUAUUUGUAUUAGGUGUUAACUAGCAUUAUACUAAUAAUUGUUGAAUGUUAUCUUAUGUAAUUUUUGAAUAUAAUAAUCAUUGAUUGACCAUAAUGUAAUUAUGCACAACUUGUCAUUGGAUCAUUUGAAAUAAAAUAUAAAGCAACG